AUGACUGUUGAAUAUACUAAUUCAGAUUUGGCCACGUACCAAAAUGAAGUGAACGAACAAAUUGCCAAAAAUAAGGCACAUCUCGAUUCUUUAACCCAUCCGGGUUCAAAAGCAACAUUCUCCGUUGACCAAGACAAUUCUGCCACAUUGCAAGACCCGGACUCAAAGGUGUUUUUCUUUGAUAUUGAUAACUGCCUUUAUAAAUCAUCUACCAGAAUCCAUGAUCUCAUGCAACAGUCUAUAGUGAGAUUCUUCCAAACACAUUUGAAGCUAGCCCCUGAAGACGCUCAAGUAUUGAACAACACCUACUACAAGCAAUACGGUCUUGCCAUCAGAGGACUUGUGAUGUUCCAUAAAGUGAACGCACUGGAAUACAACCGUCUUGUGGACGAUUCUUUACCCUUACAAGAUAUUUUGGAACCUGACAUACCUUUGAGAAACAUGUUAUUGAGGUUAAGGCAAUCCGGCAAAAUUGAUAAAAUGUGGCUUUUCACCAAUGCAUAUAAAAACCAUGCUCUAAGAUGUGUGAGAUUACUGGGUAUAGCGGAUCUAUUUGACGGAUUAACAUAUUGUGAUUAUUCUAGGACGGAUACGUUAGUCUGUAAGCCCCAUAUUAAGGCGUUUGAAAAGGCCAUGAAAGAAAGUGGGUUGACGAAUUACGAGAAUUCUUGGUUUAUCGAUGAUAGUGGGAAAAACAUCGAGACCGGCAUUAAAUUGGGAAUGAAACAAUGCGUACAUUUAGUGGAAAAUGAAGUUAAUGAAAUUCUAGGACAAACACCAGAAGGCGCCAUAGUCAUUAAGAAUAUAUUGGAGUUACCGGAUGUUGUACCCGACCUAUUUUAA